CGUUUCCUUUGUUGUGAUAUCGAAAAAAACGUAGUCUUACUUAAAAUCUCAGCUUCUGGAUUAAGAAAUCAAGCAGUUGUCGUCUGUCGGUAUUGAUCAGCCGUAAAAAUGAGUGGCGGAGUCUACGGAGGAGAUGAAGUUGGAGCUCUUGUCUUUGAUAUGGGCUCGUAUUCAGUGAGAGCUGGAUAUGCAGGAGAGGAUUGUCCCAAGGCUGAUUUUCCUACUGUGAUUGGUGUGACUCUGGACCGGGAAGAUGGCAGUACACCGAUGGAGACAGAUGGGGAGAAAGGAAAGCAAAGCGGAACCACCUACUUCAUUGACACCAACCAGCUCAGGGUUCCUAGAGAAAGCAUGGAGGUCAUGUCACCUCUCAAAAAUGGGAUGAUUGAGGACUGGGACAGUUUUCAAGCCAUUUUAGAUCAUACCUACAAAAUGCACUUCAAGUCACAGCCCGGUCUGCAUCCAGUCCUGAUGUCAGAGGCCUCGUGGAACACACGAGCGAAAAGAGAGAAGCUGACGGAGCUGAUGUUUGAGCAUUACAACAUUCCCGCUUUCUUCUUGUGUAAAUCAGCUGUGCUGUCAGCGUUUGCCAAUGGACGAUCCACAGGCUUAGUGUUAGAUAGCGGAGCAACACAUACUACUGCUAUUCCAGUGCAUGAUGGUUAUGUCCUACAACAAGGCAUCGUAAAGUCUCCUCUUGCUGGUGACUUCAUGAGUAUGCAAUGUAGAGAGCUGUUUCAAGAGUUAGGUGUUGAAAUAGUGCCUCCUUAUAUGAUUGCAUCAAAGGAUUCAGUUCGUGAAGGCACUCCUGCUAGUUGGAAGAAAAAGGAGAAACUACCUCAAGUUACCCGAUCAUGGCAUAACUAUAUGUGUAAUACCGUCAUCCAGGAUUUUCAGGCCUCUGUGCUUCAGGUGUCAGAUUCACCCUAUGAUGAACAAGUGGCUGCCCAGAUGCCCACUGUUCACUAUGAGCUGCCUAAUGGCUACAACUGUGACUUUGGAGCGGAAAGACUUAAGAUUCCUGAGGGUCUUUUUGACCCUUCAAAUGCUAAGGGUCUAUCAGGGAACACCAUGUUAGGAGUCGGCCAUGUUGUGACCACCAGCGUUGGCAUGUGUGACAUUGACAUUCGACCGGGUCUGUAUGGCAGUGUGGUAGUUACAGGAGGAAAUACCCUCAUUCAAGGCUUUACAGACAGACUUAACAGAGAACUCUCGCAGAAGACACCACCUAGCAUGCGUCUUAAGCUAAUAGCCAAUAACACAACUGUGGAGCGCCGAUUUAGCGCCUGGAUUGGAGGAUCCAUCCUUGCAUCCCUGGGAACUUUCCAACAAAUGUGGAUUUCAAAACAGGAGUAUGAAGAAGGUGGCAAACAGUGUGUUGACAGGAAGUGCCCUUAACACGUUCCUUCAACAGCUGGUUGCCUUCAGAAAAUGAAAUCAAAAUAAAUAACACCUCCACCUAGUAGAAAAAGCCUUGUUAGUGGACUCAGGAACUAAGGACACUUGCUGUUAUUUUUAGUGCAAACAAACCAUAUUUUAAACAGUUUAACAUGGUUGCACUCUUUUCUACUCUACACAAUAUUUUCAUAUCCAGUUUGGCAACACAAACUUUUCCGACCACCUAAUUCAUUUCAGAGUAACAGUGACAAGGUUAUGGGGAUAUGCGAAACCUCAAUUCUAUGUUUAGGACAGUUACUGUUUUUUUUUAUUUUAUUUUUUUUAUUUACACCACUUUGUCACUUUCUAGAAAAUGGAUCACAGAAAACAAAUGUUUGUUAUGCUUUUAACAACUGGAUCAACUGAUUGAGGAAUAAAAUUGUUUUUGUU